AUUUCGCCAGCGCCCGACCAAGCCGAGCAGCAUGUCGACGACGAUCAUGAACGCGUGCAGCUGCAAGAAGCGCAAGUGCCCCCGCUGCUGCGAGCAGAUGCUCGUCCAGAACCUCUUCAAGGUGCUCGUCAAGCUGCCCGAGAAGAGCAUUGAGUUUCGCUGCGUCCGCGCGCUCCUGAGUGGCAGCUUCACCAACAUCAACCUCAACUCGACGCUCGCCUCGUGCGGCUACACGGUCAACGUGGCGCCCCACAGCUACGCGGCCGGUCGCCGCGACUUUUCGCUCCUCGAGAAGGGCCAUAGCUUGACGAAGAACCCCAACUCGCCGAACGCGCCGCGCCGUGGCCGCCGUGGCAUCUCCAAGGUGUUUCGCCAAGAGAUUGCGCGCUACUUUGCGCUCGGCCAGGCCAUGGACGCGUCGCAGUGCCUCAUGUGGCUCAAGUCGAACGUGCUCGACGAGACCAACUACCCGACCGAAGAAGAGAUCCACCGCGUCUUGACCAACCUGAGCCAGCCCAAGACAAAGAAGGCGCCGGGUGAGGGCGGCGAAGGCGGCGAGCGCCGCGGUCGCAAGCCCAACCCGUAUCGCACGCAAGUGACGAUGUUUUUGCUCAACAACAAGAACGCCAACCCCAACGACUGCUACCAAUGGCUCAUGCAGAACUACCUGAACCCGGAGCUGCCGCAGCCCGACCUCAAGCAGAUCAAGACGCUCAUCAACAACAUCAAGUCGAACCCGACGUUCCGGUCCCAGGCUAUGUACUAAGCAGCCGCAUCGUGUGUGUGUCUGCGCUGCUCGAUAUGCCAUUAUAUAUUUGAACCCUGGACGUGU